AUGAUACCUGCGUUCCACCAAAGCUGUAGCGAGGUAGUUGGCAAAUGGGACAAUAUAGUCUUGGACAAAGGGUCAUCCUGUGAGGUGGAUGUUUGGCCUUGGCUUAUGAGUAUGACUGCAGAUGUGAUCUCUCGUACUGCUUUUGGCAGCAGCUAUAAAGAAGGGCAUAGGAUAUUUGAGCUCCAAGCAGAACUAUCUGAGCUCAUCAUACAAGCUUUUCGUAAAGCUUUCAUCCCUGGAUAUAGUUCUCUCCCAACCCAGGGUAAUAGAAGGAUGAAAGCAGCAGCUAGAGAAAGCCAAGCUAUACUGAGAGGGAUCGUUGACAAAAGGUUAAGGGCGAGAGAAGCUGGGGAAGCAACAAGCCAAGAUCUGCUAGGUACACUUCUUGAAUCCAAUUUAGGACAAGGUAAAGGAAACGGAAUGAGCAUUGAAGAUGAGAUAGAGGAGUGCAAGCUGUUUUGUUUCGCAGGACAAGAGACAACUUCAGUACUCUUGGUCUGGACAAUGAUUCUACUAAGUCAACACCAAGAUUGGCAAGAACGGGCGCAAGAGGAAGUGAGGCUAAUACUUGAUGAUAAGAAUAACAAACCCGAUAUAGAGUCUCUUAGCCACCUCAAAGUGAUGAGUAUGGCCUUCUAUGAGGUUUUAAGGCUAUACCCUCUGGUGUCUCUGCUUAGAAGAGAAGUCAACAAAGAUGUUGUAACGGACGUGAGAAGGAACAAAUGCGGAAACAGAUGA